CCUCUACUUUUCCCUGGGACCCAAAGACACCACAGCUACCAGGCAGAAAGGAGAUGCUGAGGAGGCUGAUUGUCCUUUUACAGGAAUUACAAAGAAGUGGACUAGCCAGGAGUCAGGGAUAAUGCAAAGGAGACCCCUGAAUGGCGUGGGACAUUCAUUUUAAAGAGAAAGUAUUCCAGGUAGUAGUGGUGGAAGCAUGAUAGGGAAGGUACUAUUGACGAGAUUUUCAUCAAAUAAAGAAAACAAAACUCUUAGAUAAAACAUAAAACUUAAUGAGCGAGGGAGUUUGAAAUGGAUGGCACAUUCCUGUUUUGUUAGUUUUAACAUUAUUCUUGCCUCUUUCCAGGCAAUUCCCAUAAAUGUAUACGGAAACAGGGAAUCAAACAGCUACUUCAAAAUUAAUCCUUCUGGGACUUUCAGAAGAUAUGGACCUGCAGGCCUUCCUCUUUGGGUUGUUACUUUACAUGUACCUAGUCUGUGUUACAGGAAACCUGCUCAUCAUCCUGGCCAUCAUCUCUGACUCCCACCUCCACACGCCCAUGUACUUCUUUCUCUCCAACUUGUCCUUUGUUGACAUCUGUUUCACCUCCACCACCAUCCUGAAGAUGCUGGUGAACAUCCAGACACAGAGCCAAGAUUUCACGUAUGAAGGCUGCCUUACCCAAAUGUAUUUCUUCAUGAUUUUUGCUGGGCUUGAUAAUUUGCUACUGACCAUCAUGGCCUAUGACCAGUUUGUGGCCAUCUGUUACCCCCUGCACUACUCAGUCAUCAUGAACCCUUGCCUUUGUAGUCUCCUGCUUGUGCUUCCUUGGCUAAUCUGCCUGACAUAUUCUUUGUUGCAAAGUUUGAUGGUAUUGAGGGUAUCCUUUUGCAAAGAGACAGAAAUCCUCCACUUCUUCUGUGAACUUGUUCAGAUCCUCAAGCUUGUUGUUACCCUUGCCAGCAACAUCCUACAGUAUUUUGUAAUGGGUCUGCUGGGUGUUAUUCCCCUGGCUGGGUUUCUCUUUUCUUAUUCUAGAAUUAUCUCCUCAUUAAUGGGCAUUUCAUAUGUUGGAGGUAAGUAUAAAUUCUUUUCCACCUAUGGGUCUCACCUCUCUGUUGUCUCCUUGUUCUGUGGUGCUGGCCUUGGGGUCUACCUCACUUCUGGAACAGCCCAUCCCUCCAGAAGGGGUUCAAUAGCCUCAGUGAUAUACACAGUGGUUGCCCCCAUGCCAAACCCCUUCAUCUACAGUCUGAGGAACAGGAACAUGAAAGAGGCUCUCAGGAGACUUUUCAGCAGAGGAGCUCACUCUUGGUGAAGUCAUGCAAGUUAAGGCAACAGAGAUCCAAAGUGCUGAUAACUAGUGUUCCUGAAUAUGUAGUCCAAAGACAGAGAAGAAAUGCUAUUCAUGAUAUACUAGAAGACAUUGGUGAACCAAUGACAAACUUGAAGGAGGACACCCAAAAGCCCACCAUUCACCAAGGAAAAAGAAUGAUUCACCAAUAACUAAACUUGUGAAAAUAAACUAUUUUAAAAAUGCAGACUCCUGCAAGCAUCAAGAGAGGAGAAAACAAGCCAAGGAAUGCAGUGGGGGAGAACAGAAAAAGAGUGACAACAAAUGUGUAGACAGUAUUGACUCAUCUUUAUCCCCAGGUUAUGUUCUAGCUGGAACAAAGCACCAUGGACCAUGUCUUCCCUGGUCUGUCUGGAACUGUUAUCUGGGCUAUCAUACUGACCUCCUUGACCCCAUAAAAUUUUACUUACUGUAUCCUGCUUUGGUAGUGGCAACUGACUUAUUCUUCAGACUUUAAUAAGAAGCUUCUUUGUAGUGUCUACUUUAAGAGAGAGAAAACUCUGAACUUUGUUGAUCCCUAUUCACCAGCAGAUCUGAAACAAGAGUCCAAAGCAAUCCACUCUCUCUCUUCCUGGCCUGGUUCAUGUUUCACCAGAUCUUGACAUGCCUGGCUUCUUCUCACAAGCUAGGCUUCAAGUCAAAACUGUCAGCUCUUCAGAGGCCCACCCUGGCCAUCACCCCCUACUCAUUCCAGUUUUCACAGUAUCUAUCAUAUUUUGAGGGGCAGCAGAACACAGUGGCUAAGAGGGCUCUGGAUUCAGAUAUUUUCAUCACUCACUAAUCUUACCCACAGUUACUUCUCUGCACCUCCAUACCCUCAUCCAUAAUAAUAAGGAUGACAAUACAUCUCCUAAACAGUUCUGGGGAGAGAUUAAAUGUCACACAUGAGGGCGCCCAGAACAGUGUCUGAUUCAAUAAUUGCUAGCCACCACAAGAUCCAGGAGGGCCACUAAGGUCUCUGUUGACCACACAAAUGUGCAGAGAUUGUGAACAAUCAGUAGAGUCCAGAAGAGAACUUCCCUGGGCCCAGAGACUAAGGAUUGGACCCAGAAAGGACCCCAGACAUGGACUCCCUACAACAGGGAACUGGGAAAACAAAGCGUCCUUUAUACUGGUUCAGGCCCAUGGGGAAAAUCUCUUAAACUGUGAGCAAAAAUUAAAAACUUACUUAAAAAAAUCUGUCCUGGGUUGUCUGGAUGACUGUGGAACCCUCUUGGUGAUCACUGGAUUCAGACUAGGCAGAUUCUGAUAUUUGAAUCCUCCCUUAACCAUUAGCAUAAUGACCAUCUCUAAGCAGCCUCCAAUUCUUUAUGAAUAAAUAGUUGUCAGGGUAAAAACAGAAAAUUAGUGUUAAGUGUCUAAUAUACAAAACAUAGUGGGCAUCAUAUUAUGAACACAGCAUUUAAUUAUUUGUGCCCCCACCUUGUGCCAGAAAUAGGCAGAUCGGGAUGCUGGAACCCAGAAAGCCCUGCCCAGCCUCAUUCUCCAGCAGAUGUCUGAGGGUGAGGCAGGUACAAGCUGAUUGCUUCUGGGAAAAACAAAUCACUUUAUUAGGUGCAAUAUGGUCUUCCUACCAACCAUUCUACAGAGUACCUGGCCCCAGUGACCUGGGCAGAUCAGAUGAAGCCAAGAGAUUAAGACCAUACUAAUGAGCUUAGAGCACUGCCUGAUUUGGCCUCCAUCUUUCAAUUCGCCCCUGGUACAGAAAAUUAAUUACUCUAUCAAUUUUUUACCUGGGUAUUGUUAUCAUUUGAGGCCGGAUAAUUCUUUAUGGUGGGGUUAUCCUGUGCAUCAUAGAAAAUGUAGCAGCAUCUGUGGCCUUUACACUAUAGGCCACAGCUUCCCCCACCCUCUCGCCUCAGUCAUUCACACGCUAAAACAUGUGCAGACAUUGCUGAUGUCCCUAAGGGGCACAAUCACUUCUGAAUGGUAACCACCAGUCUACCAUGACUCAGCAGAACCAAGGAAAGGAAAAUGCAGGGAAAAUGAAGUGAGGGGAAGACCCUGGUUUCCCCGAGGCCCAGAACAGACUGGAACUAAGCUACCAGUCUCUAGUCAAGACUGUCCUUGCAUGGAGGAAGCCUCAGGUCUGCAACAGAAGCAUCAGUGCCAUUUGCUGAAUAACCAGAUGAAUAAAUUUUAGUGCCCCAAAACUCCGGAGGACGAGACCCUUGCUGGCUCACUGCCUGGGGAAUGAUUGGGAUUCCAAAAGAAUAUGAGGGAACUUUGGGACUUCACCAACUUGGUUGUGGUGAUGGCUUCACAAGUGUACACAGAGGUCAAAACUAAUCAAACUGUGUAUUUUAAGAGUAUAACUUUAUUGCAUGUCAAUUUCAUCUAUAUAAAGUUAUUCCCUCUCCACUGGACACUUGCAAUACAAACACUGGCCCUGUGGCAACUGCAAAAAUAGCUGCCGUUCCUUCACUUGCCUGUGACCCCACCCCUUCUGGGUGACUGAGUACCUGCCCACUUGGGGCUUACUCAUGAGUUGCACUGGGCAGUGGAGCACAAGGCACACCUGACACGAGCAGGACUGGACAAACACUCGCACAGUAGAGCCUGUGCUCUUCUGAACCUUCCUGCAGCAUGUAUCCAGGACUCUCUGGACAGUUGUUGGACGCAA